AUGUUCUCUAUCAUUCGCUUGUUGUAUUUUAUUGUUAUCUGUUACUUUUUAUCUCUCUUAUAUUCAUAUUGUUUUUUUCUUUCUUUCUUCCCUGUUGUCUUCAUUUUUCUUCUUUCCUCUUCCAUAUUCAGUGCAAUCGAUCCACCAGUCAGUUCCUGGAACUGUGAAAGCAUAUCUCGCUACUUCGUACGCGUAGUGAGUAGACAAUAUCGCGGACCAGCACGUGUGAUUAAACUUGCCGGGAACACACAGAAAUAUCUGACCAUAUCUCAACUUAGACCCGCCACAUUGUACUGUGUUGACAUGUGGUUUCAAACCAAUGAAGCCUUUAUUAGCCCGUACACAGAACAAAAAUGUGUAACUACACCAGAGACCGAACCACCGCCACCGAAGAAUUUGUCGGUGAAGAAACGCUUGAGCACUUCGGUAGUGGUGAGUUGGGAACAACCUGAUGAUCAAAGAGGUAAUAUUACCAAGUAUCGUAUUAUCUAUUGGGGUAAAUCGGCUAUUGCCAAAGGUCUCGAGGUGAAGUCAUCGCGGUAUUACAACGAGUACACAAUCACAGGCCUGCAGCCUUAUAACACGUACAAACUUCAGGUGAGGUCUAUAAAUGGCGCUGGUGUGGGCCCGUCAGGUGAAGUGCUAACGUUCACCACCGACCAGUCUCUACCUGGACCAGUGGGCAUGUUUAAGAACACAAGUCGAACUUUCAACUCAAUUACAUUGCAAUGGUCUCCUCCAGACCAUCCGAAUGGAAAUAUUUUAUUCUAUAUUCUUUCCUGUCGCUCGGCAAAUAACGCAAUCGGAGAGAAACCUCAAUCUGGGGAUGACUUUAAACUCCCGGCCAACGUCCUGAGUAAGACUGUCACCAAUCUUUACCCAGCCACGGAGUACGACUGUAGUAUCAAUGCGAGCACUAGUAAAGGUAGCGGCCGGACGCGGCAGCUGAUCGUGUGGACGAAAGGCAGAGCUCCCUUGACUCCCCAUAACCCUAGAAUUUUGGAAAAAUCCGAAAAUUCUGUAACUGUUGAGCUGAAACCCAGAAAAGACAAAGACGUCAGUUUUUAUCGACUGAUCGUGGAGAAGAUCAAUGACGGCUACAGAUCGAAGAGAUCGUUGCCGCCAAAUAUUGCUGACGUCACUGCCGAUUAUUAUUCAGCUCUUAAUUCCCCGGAUGGAUGUUAUGUCACGGCUCAAUUUCCGCCGGGAAACGUGCGAAGCCCGUUCGUGAUAGGAGACAAUCACACUUAUAGUAACUAUUAUAACGGACCCUUAUUACCUGACCAUGUCUACAACAUUUGGUUUGGAGCAUUUUCUACUGUCGACGGGGCGAUACAAAAAUCCUUUUCAAGAACACCAGCUCCUCUAUACAUGAUAAGAGUCGAUUCUGUGUCUCCAACCAGUCACGUGCCAGUUAUUAUUGGUGUUUUAGUUGUCUUCGUCUUCCUCGUUAUAACAUUCGCCAUUUUGCUUAUGAUCUGGAGGCGAAAACAUCUAACGGCGGAGCGCGAAAAGGCGGAAAUGCCGUCUUUUGGACCGACAAUCUUACCGGAGCCUGAUACAUCCCCACCAUCAACCCCCAUUGUUAUUCUCUUUCUUUAUUUUAUUCGUUCUUUAUUUCUUUUUACAUACAAUUUUUUCUUUCAUUUACAUUUCUUAAUUACUUUCUUUCUUUCUUUCUUUCAACAUGUUAUUUUCAAUUUUUUUAUUCUCUUACAACAUGUGAUUUUUUUCGUUCUUUCUUCAACAUAUCUUCUUUCUUUCUAUUUUUCUUUCUUUCAACAUAUCAUUUUCUUUCAACAUAUCAUUUUCUUUUUUUCUUUCCUCUCCGCUAUUUCUCCAUUACUCAAGUUUAUCUGUUGA